AUGCCUGAUUCACCGUCAUCAUCUCAUUGUUGUCUUGUUUGUAUGCUUUUUGGACUUUGUCUUACUCUUGUGGUUAUCCUAGCAGCUGUAUUUAUCUAUCAUUUAAACAGUAGUGAUUUUAGUCAAUUAACAACAAAGUCUAUUACUACAUGUACACACCCAAUAGCCAAAAAACGUCAAUUACCUGAGUUUGUUAAUGUGAAUAUAGAUCCAUGUGAAAAUUUUUAUGAUUUUGUUUGUGAUAAAUUAACACGACGAAAAACUAAAGAACAAUAUAAUGAUAAAGAUGAUUUUGAACAAAAAUGGACACGUAUACGACAUGAAAUUCAUGAUAAACUUAUGACAAAUAUUAGUAGUCAAUCAAUAUCAAACGAAAUGGAUCACAUGUCAUCUGUUUAUCGAUUAUAUCAAUUAUGUGAAAAUCAAUCACCUGAAUUACUACUUUAUGAACUUGAACGUUAUUUUGCUAAACUUAGUCAACAUGAACCAUAUCGAUCAUAUCUAACACUUUUUAAUCAAACAAAUAAGAUUAAAAUUAAUUCAACAUCAUUAAUUUUUCUUGAACCAAAUCCAUUUUUUAAAAUUCAAUCAUUAUCAUCAAAUUCAUCAAUUAUAAGUCGUAUUGAUCGUCGUCCAUUACCUUCAGCAAUAUCUAUCUUUUCAAAUUUAACUAUAUUAAAUCAAACAGCAUUUAAAUAUUUAAAAAAAUUUGAUAAUGAUUAUCUUAAAAUAUUAUCUGAAGAAGAUAUUUUAAUAAAAUCAUAUGAACAAGAAUAUAGUCAAGAUUCAUUAAUUAUAAAACGCAUAUUAUUAUAUUCAAAUUAUGAUUUAUGUUUAUCAUCAUUAACAUCAAAUACAAGUAAUGGUCUAGAAAAAUUAAUACAAUUAUUAAAUCAUUUUCUUCAUUCACGUUUACAAAAUUUUAAUACUAAAUCAAUUGAUAAACAAAUUCGUAUAUUAAAUAAAAUAACAGAUAAUCAUACACUUGUUGAACAUCUUCAACGUAUUAAAAUAGAUUUAAAAACAAUUGAUCAAAUUAUUCUUUUAAAUAAUACAAAUGAUUCUUGUAUUAUCAAUUUACUUGAUCAAUUACUUGAUAAAAGAAUAAAAUCAAAUGAAUUAAUAUCAAUAAUUAAUUUAUAUUCAUCUUAUCAAAUAACAAAUGAUUUUAUUUCAAAUGAUUGGCCAUUUUUAUUUAUGUUAUAUGAUCAUUUAUUAAAAAAAACAUCAAUUGAUACUUUAGUUAAUUAUGCUUUUUUUGAUUAUUAUAGACAAUUUAUUUAUCCAUAUUAUCAACCACAUAUUCAUCAUACUAAUAAUCUUAAUAUUAAUCAUAAUAAUGAAUAUUAUGGUUAUACAUAUAGUACAAAUUAUUCGACUUUAUCAUGCCAUGUUAAAAGUUGUUUUGAUAUUUUUAAUUGUUAUCAUCCUUCUUUACUUAAUCAAUUAAUGGAUAAUCAUAAUCAAACAUUUCUUAAUACAACAAAAACUUUAGUAGAAAAUAUAAUUAAUCGUUUUCGUUUAUUAACUGAACAAUCGGAUAAUUUAUUUCUUAAUGAAAAAAAGCAAAUUCUCAAUAAAUUAAAUCAAAUUCAAAUAUAUGUUGGUCAUUAUUCACCAUUACCAAAUAUUGUUUUAUCCGAUGAAUUAUCAUCAUAUAUUGAAUAUGUUCAAUUAUUUCUAUCAAUUCCAUAUGAUAAACAAGAACGUUCAUAUUAUAUUGAACCAAUUUAUUAUUCAUUAAGUAAUAUAUUAUAUCUUCCAUUUGGUUUUCUUUCUUUAUCAAAAAAUUCAAUUGAAUAUCAUGUUGUAAAACUUCUAUUAAAACUUCUUCGUUCAACUAUUCACUCAAAUCCAUAUAAUAUUGAAUGUUUAUUAAAAUCAUCCGAUGAUGAACAAGAUUUUAUAAAUACAACAAAAUUUUCUUUAAAUGAUGAAUCUAUUGUAUAUUUAUUAUUACGUUCAAAAUUUAUAUUCGAACAAAAAUUAAUUCUUGAUGAAUAUUUAUGGCCAUUUACAAAUACUAAUACAUUAAUGAAAACAUUUCUUAUUGAAUAUACAGCAAAUAAUUAUUGUAGAAAUUUAAAUGGUUAUGAUUUAUUUCUAACUAAUACUUAUUUUAUUGAUGAUAUUCAUUUAAUUUUUCUUUGUCAACAUGCUAAUACAAUUAAACAAUCGAAAUGUACUGUCACUUGA